AUGUCCCGCAUAAGCUAUGUGGCUCCCUAUUUCAUGCCUAUAGUAUGCUCCAGCAAGCUGUGGAUCAGAAUCAUACUUUUUUUUAAUUUAUUGGGGCUUUUUACGCUGGCGUUUAGCUCCACACAACUGCUUUUAUCUGAAUAUGAUGAGGACACAAUGUUCAAGCCCAACGGCCAAGAUUACUUUAGAACAUCAUUGUUGGGUUUUUUUUCUCCUUUGGCGUUAUGCUUUCUCCGGGAUUUUGUACUCGGCUUGAACACCCGAGCAAUUCUGGUAAAUCUGUGUUUGGAUUUCCCACUAAAUGACUGGUUUGGCCUACUGAUCGUCUUUUCCCUCUCUUACCCACAACUACAAGAUGCUAGAAUAAAUGGUACGCUUGACGACACCUUAUGGCACAUCAUACCAAAACAAUCGGCGAUUUUUGGACUAUCGUGGUCAUUAUGCGAAUUUCUGCUAUGUCUCAUUCAAAACGCCCAGAAAUAUGAAGAAGUACCACCGCCUGGCUCGGCACGACGCCUAAACGAACCUCAGAUUUUGCAAGAAGAGGGCGAUUUGGCCCGUAAAAAUAUUACUUUGUCAAAAUGCAUAGACGUGAAACGAACUUCCUCGCUAAUAUCUGAAAAUGUAUAUUCCCACGAACGCCCGACCUUGGCUUCCAAUACCGCAGGCGAUGCCUCCUCGGGUACUUUUUUUGUGGACUUCAACGACAGUUCCAUGUCAUUACUUAGAGAUCCAGAACAAAGCGCUGGAUCCCACGCCAUACCCAGAUCAAGACGCCCUUCACUGUUUGACGGCACCAUCACAUACUUUCCGGAAAUAGCGUCGAAGAGAAGGUUCUUCAAAGAGCUCUUGCUCAUCAAUUUGCUGGUCAUCGAUAGCAUACUGCUGAUAGUGGGACACUCCUUUAUCAUAUCCAUCUACUUCAUCUACGUGCCGGAUCACAAUCGCCUCUUCGCUCCGGCGGUAAAAUUCUUUGGCUCUCGCACAUUUGGCUUUUUCAUACUAAGUGUUGUAUGGCCUCUCUCGAUGUGGAGCUUCCUAAUCAGCAUUUUCCUUUUUGUCUGGAAAGAUGCAGGCAUUGAAAUAUUGAACCCUCUGCACAAGACGAACAGUUCCUCUAGCUUGCAUAUUCACACUUCACGGCCCGAGAGCUUGCAGUAUAUCUCUUCAGAUCAGCUUUUUGUCGUGAACUCUAUAUAUACACAGGAUUUGCUGACCUCUGAUGAAGAUAACGAGCCUUUGAUUAUGCGCGUUUUCCGCAGAGGAAUGUCGUUGUGGCGUACGAUUUCCAGCCAUCACAGCUUUCCUAUCCUUGGUUUCACCGUGUGGUCACUUCUGGCGUUCUCCCUGGGCUGUGUGGCUACAAUUAAGCAGUAA